GGAAAUAUUCGGUUUGUCAUCGAAUAUUUUCCCCUUCCAACUUACAGGCUCGGCGAGGUACUUUGUCCUUCGAUCACUGCACUUCAUCAGCCCACUAGAAGCGCAUCACGGCCAGCUUCUUAAAAAUCCGUCAAUCCAUUCAAUCCAUCCUUUCCCGGUCGACAUCAACCGGAUGCAGUGAAAAAUGGACACCGGAUUCUCCCGAACUCGAGUGCACAAAUUCUCGUGCAAACCUCCGGGACACGACGCUGCUCGGCAACGUGAAAACCAGCGGCGACAUCGGGCAAGAGUCAAAGGCCGGAUUGCUGAGCUUGAAGAGCUGCUUUUGGGCACCCAAAGCAGGCUUGACGACGCGCUAAAGCGGAUUGAGAGCUUGACUGCCGAGGUUCAGCGCCUUCGGCAUGCCACUGGCUCAAGGCCCACCACAUCGACACAGAAAACCGCUCAACAACGACAACCGUUUUUGGAACCAGCCACCUGCCCUGAACUUGAGGCGUUUGACAGGGGGCUGAUCGAUGUAACAAUGGAAGAGACGCUCUCUGUUCCCGACGCACUCCCCACUCUGUCCGCCACCACAUAUCGGGAAACAAGCGAGUCCGCCCGAGAGCAAAACGCCUCGAGCACCCGCGAGCCGCGGAUCAGCACCCCCCAGCCUCUGUUUGAGCUACUAGCAAGUGAACUACCCGUGUCCGGCUUCGACGACCCGAACGACGAUUACGCCCUUCUCCCACCGCCAAGCGUUGGCGAGUCAACGAUUCCCUGCCGCGAAGCCUACUCGAUCAUCAAAGACCGUAGCGCGCCCGAGUUUGACUUGUCCACUGCGACGGAGUGGUUGCUGCCGGGGUUUCGGUGCGCCGUUGUUCCCGGCACCGGAUGCCGUGUCCAGACGCACAUGCUGUUUGCGUUCGUUGAUCAUAUCACCCCGAUGUAAAUCCGGAUGAUGUUAGCCACACAGUCGACGAGCGGCUUUCCGUCAUCAGUGCCGGCACACACGCUACCAUUGUGCGGGGUUUGUGGUUGAUAUCCGGAUGCAUCUCGGGUGAAGUCAGUUGGCGGGUGUUCCCAAUAGGUACGAGUACACGUCGGGAUCAGAGAUCU